GUCACGUUAUAUUGACCGGAAAAUUUGAUCAUGUGAUGAAAAUUUGUUUUGUUAUUUUUUUGGUUCUAUUUUGGGAAGAAGAAAGUUGUUGACUUCAUAACAUCAGUAAUACUCAAGUGGCUUAAUAGUUAUCGCAGCAAUGAUCGUUUAUCAACAGAUAUUGGUAAUCAGCCUGUUUGUCUGUAUCUUGGGAAUUAAUCAUGUAAAUAGUACAGAGUUUGAUACAUUAAAACAUUUGAAAGCGAAAACAUCAGCUGAAAUACAAACUGAAUCAGUAAAAGAUUUAAUAAAACGUGUGCUAGGUUCUAGAAGCAGUGAAUUUAAUGUUACUGUUGAUUUUAAUCUCGGACCACAAGGAAAAGAUACAUAUAAGAUCAUUACAGAAAAUGGAGUACAGAAAAUCAGUGGAAGUACGGGAGUGGCCGUUGCUAUGGGAUUUUAUUAUUAUAUAAAAUAUUAUUGUAAUGGACAGUAUACAUGGGCGGGUAAACAAGUGAAUCUACCUGUAAAUUUACCUACAAUACCUUCACCUGGUUUAACUAGAACCACCUUGGACAGGUUCCGUUAUUAUCAAAAUGUUUGUACUGUGAGUUAUAGUUUAGCGUGGUUAAAUUGGACAAGAUGGGAGAGACAUAUUGAUUGGAUGGCCCUGCAGGGUAUAAAUCUACCUCUAGCUUUUACUGGACAGGAGGCCAUAUUUCAACGGGUAUAUAUGAAUUUAGGUUAUAGUUUCCAGGAUUUAGAAGAACAUUUUGGUGGACCAGCGUUUUUAGCCUGGGCUCGAAUGGGUAACAUACGCGGUUGGGGUGGACCAUUACCAUCGGCUUGGAUUACAGAUAAAUUAGUUUUACAACAUAAAAUAUUGGAUAGAAUGAGAUCUCUUGGAAUGAUUCCGGUAUUACCAGGAUUUGCAGGACAUGUUCCAGCAGCUACAACACGUUUGUAUCCAAAUGCUAAUAUUACCAGAUUAAGCCAGUGGGGUCGCUUUGGAUCUAACUAUUCAGAAACAUAUAUAUUAGAUUUUGAAGAUCCAUUAUUCAUAAAAAUAGGUUCAAGUUUUAUUAGAGAGAUGAAGAAUGAAUUUGGAGUUGAUCAUAUAUAUAAUGCUGAUUCAUUUAAUGAAAUGACACCCAGAUCCAGUGAAGCAAGUUAUUUGGCAUCAGCUUCUCGAGGUGUUUAUCAGGCCAUGAUUGACGCUGAUCCUCAAGCUAUAUGGUUAAUGCAAGGAUGGCUAUUCCUGUCAUCAUUCUGGGGUCCAACACAAAUUGAGGCGUUAUUAACAGCUAUACCAAAAGGUAGGAUGAUUGUAUUAGAUCUUUAUUCAGAAUUAAGGCCAAUUUAUUCCCGAACCAAAUCAUAUUAUGGCCAGCCAUUUAUAUGGUGUAUGUUACAUAAUUUUGGUGGAACUAUGGAAUUAUACGGUGCUUUAGAUUUGGUUAAUAAGGGACCAUUCACCGGAAGAAAUUUUGUGAAUUCUACAAUGAUAGGUACCGGUAUUACACCAGAAGGUAUUUUCCAAAAUGAAGUCGUGUACGAGUUUAUGAAUGAAAAUGCUUGGAGAACAGAACCAAGGAAUAUUUCUCAGUGGAUAUCUGAUUACGCCCGACAGAGAUACGGACAGUUUGAUAUAAAUGCUGAUAAAGCAUGGCAAAUACUACAGAGCUCAGUCUACAAAGCAAUGGACGAUCAUCACGAUAGAGACUUAGUAUUUCUUACACGGAGGCCAAAUAUAGUUAUAGAACUUUUUAUUUGGUACAAACCCAGUGAUUUAUAUCAAGCUUGGGAAUAUAUGGUCAUGGCUUCAACCCAACUAAAAACUAACGAAUUGUUCAGAUAUGAUUUAGUUGAUGUCACUAGGAAUAGUUUACAAGUUAUUUCUAUGAAGAUGUAUUCUGAUAUACUCACAGCUUAUAAGAUAAAAAAUAUCACAGCUCUACAAAAUUCAGGUGACAAGUUUAUAAAACUAUUAACAGAUGUAGACCUUCUGUUGGCAUCUGAUACACAUUUUCUUCUAUCUAACUGGAUUGGUGAUGCUUUAGCUUGGGCAACUGAUAUUGUUGAAGGAGCUCUAUAUGAAUAUAAUGCUCGUAAUCAAAUUACGUUAUGGGGACCCGACGGUCAGAUUGUAGAUUAUGCUUCUAAACAGUGGGCUGGUUUAUUCAUGGAUUAUUAUAAACCAAGAUGGCAGCUGUUUAUUGAUACUUUAAUAAACUGUGUUAAAACCGGAGAAACGUUUAACAGCAAAACUUUUGAAUCAGAUGUGCUAACCAAAGUGGAAAAACCAUUUACAUUUUCUACUAAAAUGUAUCCAAGAACCCCUACAGGUGAUUCUGUGUCAAUUGCAUCCAAACUGUAUUCCUAUUACAGGCCAUCAACAAAGGAACAUGAUCAGUUUUAUAAAAAUCACCUGAAAAGCUCAAAAAUGUUCACUGAGAAAAACAAAAACUUGGACAAACAUUUAUCAAGAUACUGGAACGAAGAUGUUGUCCAAAUGCAGAUAGAUCUUUGAAAAUAUAAUUUAUGAUAUUUUCCAUCUUGUACAUUUUUAAUAUUUUAAACAAAAUGUGAGUUAUUGAUAUAACUAAUAUUGUAAUGUGAGUUAUUGAUGUAACUAAUAUUGUAAUGUGAGUUAUUGAUAAUAAUUUAACUGACCGUGUAAUGUUAGUUAUUGAUAUAACUAAUAUUGUAAUGUGAGUUAUUGAUAAAAUUAAUAUAAGUGAUCAUGUAAUGUUAGAUAUUAAUAUAGCUGAUCAUGUAAUGCGAAUUACUAAUACAACUUGCAUUGUAAUGUGAGUUAUUAAUAUAAUUGACAUUGUAAUAUGAGUUAUUAAUAUAACUGAUAUUGUAAUGUAAGUUAUUAAUAUAACUGAUAUUGUAAUAUAACUGAUAUUGUAAUAUAACUGAUAUUGUAAUAUAACUGAUAUUGUAAUAUAACUGAUAUUGUAAUAUAACUGAUAUUGUAAUGAGGGUUAUUAAUAUAGCUGAUAAUGUGAGUUAAAUAUUGUAAUGUGAGUUAUUAAUAUCUUGUACUUUGUGGGUAUUUAUUUCAAAUUUGGUGCUGUUUAGUGAUUAAUCUGGGUGGAAGUCUACUAGUUUGUUUAACUAGAAAUGGUGUCCUAGUCUACCAGUCUAUACUGUCCUGGCCUACCAGUCUAUACUACCAGUCUAUACUGUCCUGACCUACCAGUCUAUACUGCUACAGCUUUGUUUUAAACUACACAAAUAUAUAGAGAGAAAUAAAUGGAAUUUAAUGUCCACUCGACACAAACUAGGUCGAUUUCACUUGCUUGUGUGGGCAUUUUGCUGUGGGAGGAAACCGGAGGACCCAGAGAAAAGUCAUGGUGUGACAGGUGACCCUGUUCCUUGUCAAGUACAAAAGCAGAAGCAAAACCAUGCCACUUGACUCAAUGAGAGAUCUUAUGAGCUAAUGUUAAGUUAAACAGUACGGCGACCCCCCCCCCCCCGAUCCUCAACCCACCCAUCCACCCUCCCUAUGACAUUGUGUUCAUAUUGUCUCACUGUUCACAUCUAUAUUUCAAACAAUGAAUUGUCUUAAUCUACCAGUUAAAAAGGCAAGGGUCAUUUUUCAUCCCAGCCAAUCCCUGGAUGAGCGAGAAUCUAUGUAUGACCUUUGACACUGUUUGUUAAUAUAGCACUAUUGAGGCUGGAGUGAUCAAGUCUUUGUACAUAUAAUACUCAACACAAGCUGUAAGUUUGUGUCUGGUUGUAGUCAGAUAUAGAUACUUUUUACAAACAUUUUAUUUAAAGAUACAUUAUGUAUGGGAGAUUAGAUAAAGAGCUGGGAGUUCUCACUAUAAUAGUUAAAAACUAGAUAAUGUAAAGAGAAUAUGCAGAAAAUUUCAGUCAGGAAAACCGAAUUUCAAAAACACUGUAGCCUCGAUUGUCAUUGUUACCGUUGUUAUGAUAAUAAACAAAGUCUUGAUUAUCUAUUUUUACGGUUAAUCGUCAACAGCCGUUGCAUCGCAGAUCAGAUUCAAAUCGGUUUAAGAUUGGACCAAUAAGAUGGCAUCUAGAGUUCAUUAUGGUCUUGUUAUUUUAAUACAUGUCUAAUUAAUAAUUUAUAUAACAUUUCAGGCCUAAAGAAAGACAGGCAAUACGUAGAUUUCGCUCUUGCAUAAUGUAUAUUUAAUAUGGCUAUAGCUGUGCUAUAUUCUUUUGACUGUUGUACUUGAAUAAUUGUUUAUUAAUAAAUGUCUAUAGGUGUACUCAGUGUACUUUAUUGAAUGUAUUUAAUAAAUGGCUACAAUGGACCUUUUAAUAAAUUACUAUAGCUGUACUGUGUAAACUAUUUAUAUUAAUGAAUGUCUACAAUGGUACUAUUAAUUAAUAAAUGACUAUAGCUGUACUGUACAUGUAAUAACUGUUUAUUAACAAAUGGCUACAAUGGUACUAUUUAUUAAUUAAUGACUAUAGUUGUACUAUGUAAACUAUUUAUUAAUAAAUGGCUACAUGGUACUAUUUAUUAAUAUAGUUGUACUGUGUAAACUGUUUAUUAAUAAAUGGCUACAAUGGUACUAUUUAUUAAUGAAUGUCUAUAGCUGUACUGUGUAAACUGUUUAUUAAUAAAUCUCUAUAGCAGUACUGUGUAAACUGUUUAUUAAUAAAUGGCUAUAUUUAAUGAUUUAUGACUGCUCAUUUAACCAAUUAUAAUACGUACUUAAAUCACACAGAUUAUCAAAUCACACCAUUUAUUCUAUAACUACAUGCAAACACAAGCAAAUAUCAUUGAAUACAGCCAUUGAAUAACCUAUGGUUGUAUUCUAUGGUUUGGACACGUACUACUUUUGUCCAGAAUGACGUCACUGUCAGAAUUACGUCAAACUGUAAUGAUGUCACCACUACUAGGCAUCCACAAUUUUUGUAAAAAAAAAAGAAAGAAAAAAGAUGGAACCUAUGAUGGAUGAUGAUUUUUUAAUGAUAAUCUGAAUCGUACAGUGUAAUUUGAGAUUUGCAUGUAGUUAUAGAAUAAAAACAAAACUCGAUACUGCUUGGGUUAUUCAUUGGUUCACUUGAGUGUAUCUCUGCCGCUUAGAAAUUGCGAGCCUCUCAAAAUCUAUCGUAAUCUUACAAUGUACAACGAUUAAUUUAUAAUGAAUCUAUGAUUUUGUUACUUAAAGAGGUCAACAUUACUUGCCUGUUUCCAUGUACAUCAAAUGUAUAUUGUUGUUUUAAUUGUUAAUAAAAGGGUAUUUUAAACUUGAAAAGUUAUCUUUAAAAUGUGACAUUUUAUCACAAACUGCCUGCUUCUAUAUACAUAGAAUGUAUAUUGUUAUUGUUGAUGAAAGGGUUAAUAAAGGGUAUUAUAAAAAUUGAAAA